GAUGUUUGUUGUUUACGUGACACAACUUGUUUGGAAUUAUGUGGCCCCUGACAGCUGCGUGGCACACACUUCAAGAUACAAAAGUGGGAAGAAGACGGGGGUCACCAGAGGAGACUGAAGUCAGUAAGUUUCUACCAAAGCUGGGUUUCUUCUGGCCACCCCAAACAAAGCUGAAAUUGUCCUUCAGACCUCUCCCGAAAUGCGGAUUACAUCUUUACUCUUCUAUGGGGUGUCUUUCGCGCUUUUGCUUUUUGUGGCAGCAGAUACGUGCGAGGACAUCAGUGUGCACAAUGAGAUAAUUUCAGAGGGCCAGCCGUUUCCUUUCAACUGCACAUACCCCCCCGAAAUAAACGGGGCAGUCAAUCUGUCAUGGUACAAAAUACCUAGCAAGAGCCCAGUAUCUAACAACAGACACCUUAGAGUUCACCAGGACCAGACCUGGAUCCUGUUUCUUCCAUUGACACUGGAGGACUCCGGUAUCUACCAGUGUAUUAUAAGGAAUGCCCACAACUGCUACCGAAUAGCCGUGAACCUAACCGUUUUCAAAAAACAUUGGUGUGACCCUUCCACGGAGGGGAGUCCCAUAAAUUCACCAGAUGAGUACCAGCAAAUGUUACCCAUAGGAAAAUCCGGCAGUCUGAUGUGCCAUCUCUACUUCCCAGAAAGUUGUGCUUUGGAUUCAAUAAAGUGGUAUAAGGGCUGUGAGGAGAUUAAAGCAGGGACGAAGUACAGUCCUGCAGGAGCAAGGCUGCUUGUGAACAACAUUGCCGUGGAGGACAGCGGGAGCUAUGCGUGCUCAGCCAGGCUGACUCACCUGGGGCGACACUUCACCGUUAGAAACUACAUUGCUGUGGACACCAAGGAAGUUGAGUAUGGAAGAAGGAUCCCUAACAUCACGUAUCCAAAAAACAACUCCAUUGAAGUUCCACUCGGCACCACCCUCAUCGUGAACUGCAAUAUAACAGACACGAAGGAGAAUACAAACCUGAGGUGCUGGAGAGUCAACAACACCCUGGUGGAUGACUACUACAAAGACUCCAAACGCAUCCGGGAAGGAAUCGAAACCAACAUGUCCUUGAGGGAUCACAUUCGGUACACAGUGAACAUCACAUUCUUAAAAGUGAAAAUGGAGGACUAUGGCCGUCCUUUCACGUGUCAUGCUGGAGUGUCCGCAGCCUACAUCAUUCUAAAACACCCAGUUCCAGACUUCGGGGCUUACCUCUUAGGAGGGCUUAUGGCAUUCCUACUUCUGGUUGUGUCUGUUCUGUGCAUCUACAACAGCUUUAAGAUCGACAUCGUGCUUUGGUACAGAAGCGCCUUCCACUCUGCCCAGGCUCCAGAUGAUGAGAAGCUGUAUGAUGCUUAUGUCUUAUACCCCAAGUACCCGAGAGGAAGCCAGGGCCAUGAUGUAGACACACUGGUACUGAAGAUCUUGCCCGAGGUGCUGGAGAAACAGUGUGGAUAUAAGUUAUUUAUAUUUGGCAGGGAUGAAUUCCCUGGACAAGCCGUGGCGAGUGUCAUUGAUGAAAACAUUAAGCUGUGUAGGAGGCUGAUGGUCUUCGUGGCACCAGAGUCAUCUCGCCUCGGCUUCCUAAAGAACUUGUCAGAAGAACAAAUCGCUGUCUACAACGCCCUCAUCCAGCACGGCAUGAAGGUCAUUCUGAUUGAACUGGAGAAAGUCAAAGACUACAGCACCAUGCCGGAGUCCAUUCAGUACAUCCGACAGAAGCACGGGGCCAUCCAGUGGGACGGGGACUUCACAGAGCGGUCACGGUGCGCCAAGACCAAGUUCUGGAAGAAAGUGAGAUACCACAUGCCACCCAGGAGGUAUCCAGCAUAUUCCCCAGUCCAGCUGCUGGGGCACGUGCCCGGCGAUGGCAAGGCAGGCAAAUGCAAUGCUGCCACAGGGCUCAUCACUCCCUGAGAGUGGUUAGUGUAUGGUGGCUCACA